AUGCUGUCUUCUUUUACUCGCUCAAAAUCCCGACAGGAGCGGUUGUGGGACGCGUGCAGCUACGGACGGGAGCUGACAGCUAGCAAACUUAUUGCCGAAGGCGCAAAUCCUAAUUGGCGCUCUCAUGUGGUAAUUUUCAUCCUCUGUAUCCGACAGACUUUCUUUCAGUACGAAUGCUAUCCUAUCCACAUUGCUUCUCAAGGCAAGGCCUCUAUCUUGAAAAUGUUGCUGGACGCUGGUUGUCAGGUAGAUUCGUUGGAUGCACAUGGCAAUACUGCCAUCCAUCAUGCGGCAAUGUCAGGUCAUGCGGAUAAUGUCCUGAUGCUUCUGGAUGCCGGCGCGAUGGUCGAUCCAUUCAAUGAGAACAACUGGACACCCCUUCACAAUGCAGCGUAUUGGAAUCACGCGUCCGUAUCAAAGGUGCUCUUAUCAAGGGGCGCGAAUCCAUUUAAAAUGAACAAAGAUGGCCGCAAUCCACUACACGAAUUAUGCCGCAGUAAGUCACGCGAUGCAGUCGGUUUGGUGGACAAUUUGGAUGCCAUUUUGGAUGCCAUGACAAGCUGGGACCAAGACAGAGAAUCGAAUAGAGAUCAGCUUAACGGUAGCUACACACCACACACACCUGAAAAUGUCAUCAAUAUUCGGUGUGAAUGCAAGAACGACUGGGAUUUCGAGGCGGACUUCACCCCGUUGUUGUUUGCGUGCUAUCACGGCCAUUUGGCUUUAGUUCAAACACUUUUAGAACGCGGCGCGGACAUCACGGUCACAGCACAGAAUGGAUGGACUCCUCUACACUGGGCUGCACAGCGUUGCCAUGCCGAUAUCGUUGAGGUUCUUUUGGAACAUGGUGCCUCGCGGUCAGUUGAAGACCUGCGUGGUGACAUGCCUUGUGACGUGACGAACGAUAUAGGUUUACGUGAAUGUCUAGUUCCGGAACCGGUCUAUCCGAACAUCGUUUCCAACGGCUACGCGACGACUGAUGAAGAAGACGAUGAUGAUCAAGCAACGGACGGUCAUAAAAACAACGCGAACGACCAACGUGUCUCGAAAGUUGGGUUACCGGUCGAAGAGACGAUCGAACUCAGCAUUUUGUGGCAAGCGAAUUCAACCCUCAAACCCGCACUGACGUCAUCUCUAUUGAUGAGGAAACGUUUACCCAACUCAGAGUGGCGUAAACAGAGAGGUGGCUAG